ACAAGCUACCAACGAGAAUACAGGGAUGAGUUUCUGACCUAGAGUGCACGUCAGGUCUUAGUAGGUGCUGCGGGAAUUUCAGGAGAGAAGGAAGAAUAUAUGAGUCCUGAGACUCUAAAGACAUAUUCUGAAAGUAAAAAUUUCCUUUCCUUCAUUAGAAAAUUACUAAAAUUGCUGCUCAAUUGGGCCUAUAAUACUAAAAAGGAUAAAGUGGUUCCAUCAAAAUACUUGUUUCUUAACACAUGCCAUAAAAUAGUCUUUUUGGAUGAAUUUGAGUACACAGGAUACCUUGCAGUGUUGAUGAACACAUAUCCUAUGGUCAUCUGUUGGGUGUCCCCGUUAAAUGACAUCUAGGAAUAUGAAAUUAAGAUAGCUAACUACUAUUUUCUCACCUUUUACAUUCUAGAGGUUCUACUUAAGAUAAUUUUAGUCAGGGAAGAAACUUUUUCGUACGGCUGGCUCCUAUUUGAGUUAGGAAUCACCUUAAUCGGCAUCUUAGAUGUAAUACUUAUCGAAACAGAUUCCAUUAGUUAUCAUUAUGGUUUAACUGAAAUAGUGAUCUUUAUGAACCUUGUUUGACUCCUUUGUGUCCUACGAAUCUUGAAGCUCCUAACACCAAAAUUGCUACAAAUAAUAGAUAAAAAGAUGAGCCAUGAGAUUUCCUUUCAGUACUAUACUGAAGGGGAAAUGGCUGUCCUGAACAUUAUUGAUCAGAUUGCAACUUCCAAAUAGGCCAAACAGAUAUUAUUAAAGUGGGUAACAAAGAAUAUGGAAUGUGCUAUGAAAGAGCUAGGCUACUUAGAAUAUGAUUAUCCAGAAAUUGUUGUCACUAUGAAAACCAAGGGGGAGAUUAAUGUCAUGCUCAACAUGGCUAGAGAAAUUGUCAAGACUUUCAGGUCAAAAGGAAUUACUCACAAAGUGGAAAGUACUGAAAUUAAUAAGUUUUUCAUGGCCGAAAAGAAAAAGGUGCUUGAUUUUCAGUCCACUAUCCAGCCUCUAAAUGCUGAAGCAACCCCGUUUAGUAUUCCAUGGCUUGGUAAAGAUAAGAACUGCAUAUGCUUUAUACAGGAAGGAUCCAAUGUUGUAACAUUUUAUUGUGAAGAUAAUAUAUUUGAAGAAGGUGAUGAGCCACAAGGAAUCUAUGUAGUUAUUUCAGGCAUGGUCAAGCUUAAAGGAACAAAACAACAAUUGGAGAGUGCCCAAGUACCCUUGGAAUCCGAGGAAAAAGCUUAUUCAAUACUUUACACAGAGUAUCUGCUCAGUGGGGAAAUAAUAGGCGAGUUAAACUGCUUAACUAAGCAACCAAUGCAAUAUUCUGCCACCUGCAAAACUGUAGUAAAGGCAUAUUUUAUUCCCAUUAAUCACUCGUAUGAAGGCUUUGAAAAAUGAUUUCCUGUCCUAAAACAUAAAAUGUGGCAAAAAAUUGGACUUGCUAUCACCGCCCAAAAGCUCAGAGAACACAUAUCUUAUGAGGACUGGAAUUACAAGAUGCAGUUAAAGCUCUGUAAUGAGUUUAUAAAAGAUAUACCAAAGGCCACAAAAACCGAUAUCUAUGAUGAGACCAUAACCCAUGUUAUCCUCAUACAUGGAUCUGCAGAAGACUGUCAGUUGCGAAAAAUUUAUAAGGCACCUUUUUUAAUUCCUGUAACAUGCCAUCAGAUACAAGGCACUGACGAUUUCAAAAAAGUAAUUAUCAUUCAAACUUCAGUUGGUGUGAGAAAAUUCAGAUGGAAUGUAAAAAGGUUUAGACCAUCAUCUAAAGUUUCUAUGACACCACAAUUAAAAGGUUCUCCCUAA